GAGAACUCAACUUAACCUCUAUCCCCUGUUACUAAAGCAGGGACAGUGUGCUGCUGUAAUCAUGCUCAAAGCAAUAAACAAGACACAUCUCCGGCAGCUGUCUGGUCUGCUUCAGAGGUUUCAGAGUACUCUGGUAGUUGCCGAGCACAAUAAUGAGACGCUGACCCCCAUCACCCUGAACGCCAUCACCGCUGCUACGAAACUCGGCAGUGAUGUGUCCUGUUUGGUUGCUGGAACAAACUGUGCAAAGGUUGCAGAGCAGUUGUCCAAAGUUCAAGGGGUGAAGAAAGUUCUGGUAGCUCAACAUGAAGCCUACAAAGGUUUAUUGCCAGAGGAGCUGACGCCUCUCAUCUUGGCAACCCAGAAACAGUUCAGCUUCACACACAUCUGUGCGGGAGCUUCUGCUUUCGGAAAGGUAAAUCCAAGGCAGAAGUUGAGGACGUUGGGCUGAAAGGGUGACAUUCUGUUGUCUUUAUCAUUUAGCCAUCCUGUGUCCUUUACACACUGUGGG